AUGCGCUGCUUGGACAUCGGAUACUCGACCACCAAAAAUGAUGCUUGUCUCGGCGGCUACUACGGAGAGGGCCUCAAAUUGGCGGCACUCGUAUUUUGCCGGGGUGGAUCGCAUAUUAAGCUCUGCUCCAAUAGUUCUCACUGGAACUUUGCCUUGAAAGGACGCGGUAAUCGGAACCUCUACUGCAAUAUUACCCUUGCCAGCAGGGAUAAAGUCCAGAGGCUUCGAGACAAGGCGACAAGACGACGCGGUGCGAUGUCCCCAAGCGACUUGACCGCCAAUAUCUGGGAAGAUGUUUCGGUCAUCAUCAAACGAGAGGGCCCUCUAGGAAAGAUCACACAGGAAGAGUUUGAGGGAUGGUUGAGGACAAUAAUCGAUAUUAGUCCCCCAUCUGGGCUUAUACGAACACUAGCCGGCGACCUGAUCCUUGAUGGCGCAUACUCUGGGUCGCUGUACCUGAAAGGCAUCCGCUUACGUAGUACAGAUGACUUACGAAUGGCUUAUAAUCUAGCUCAUGGCGUGCCGAGUCAAGACCGAUCCGAGUUCCUGAACCAUCCUCUCCAACUACGUCUUAUCACCCAGAUAUGGGCAGGGGCAAUUGCCCAAGGGAACAAGAUCGCACUGACUGCUUACUGUACACUGCUCAAGGAGCACUGGGAUUGCACUGAUGUAAAAGAUGCAGAAUUCAUGAUCGACGAGCCCACGGCUAAAGCUGUCUGGCGAUGCCUCAAAGAUGAAGCAAGCUUACUAGGGAGGUUCUAUGUUCCUUCAGAUAGUAACGACCUGGAGAAGACUGACGUACGCGAGCGGUUGAGCCGUGAGCCAGAAUGCCUACCAGUAUCGCUCUGGCGGCUUUUGAAACGAUAUGAUCUGGUUUAUACAACCACGGAGGAGCUAUCUCUGCAAUUAACACAUUCCGAGCCAGCCACUCUUCCGAACACGCGCUACGCGCAAGAGUUUGACCAUACGAUCCGCGCUCUUUUCGCUGCAGAACCACAGACACGCCUCCUUCAAACCAAAUAUGUGAAGGGCAAUGACAAGCAGACUGAUUUAGCAUUUUCUAGAGAUGCCAGAAUAAUAUUCAUUCAUGAACGAUGGCUGAGUUUUGACACUGCUCACGCCCGGAGCUACUGUCCUGCCAAGCAUGUGUUGUGGUUGCAUGACUCCAGCUUUUGCGAACAUAUAUUGAACUGUGUUUAUCUGAAGGCUACCUUCCUUCUCCGGUCACACUUAUUAGGAGCUGGCCAUGGAGAAGUUACUGUGGAAGAAACCAUCCAGUCAUUAUGUCUUCGAGGCCGGGAUCGUCUCCAGGCAAUGCCAAGAGCUGUUAGGGCAUCAGUGCUUCCUCAUGGUCAGACAGUCCGGAUCGAGUGGGAAGAUGGCUAUAGUCGAGCUGGUUCCCGUACAAUUGGGAGUCAUAUAGACUAUCAUGUUACACUGCAUGGGGCAUCUUGCGCACAACAAAGGAAUGCACUAUUUUUCACUGAUCCGUGCUCUUGCUCUUGCCCAAUGGGCUUGGCUUCUCAGAGAGAGCGAUCGAUUACCUUCGAGUUGCCGGAUAGCGAGAUGCGAUUUCCAAUGGUUGCGAGAAACGAAAGGAACUCGAUUUUCGGCUUCAUUCCUCCGUCAUGCGGGCCAAUCCUAGGUAUAGAUCCUGUUCUUCCAUCUCUAAUAUAUAAUGGGGAUGGUAUCAGUCAAGAAUCACCUGGAGGCUUUGCUUCUGGUCUGGAUGGCGACUUAGAUCUAUCAGGGGGUAUCGAUUCUCGAGCCUUGCUCAAUCCCGACCAGAAAAUUAUUUCAUUUCCCGAUUUAUCUCAGGAUAUAUGGACUAGCUCCGACAGGUACGUGUUUCCUAGUAUCAGGGUCACAGAAAUACUCAUUCCCUCAUGUAGCGUGAUGUCAAUGGAUACACCGUCCUCUCCGGCGUUUUCGCCCCUUCCUGCAUGGCAAGGGCCAAGUCCUAUGCAAUCAAUUUCUGAAAAUGAGUCCUUAGACGAGCCCCUUGAUUGGAAGGACUGGGAGAUUCGCGAGGCAUUAGAUGGUAUAUUACUCUUCCAGGCGGCUGAACACAUUGACAUGGUCAGUACCUCCAUUCGACAAUCACGCUUGCUCUCACUUUAA